AUAUAAUUCAGUAACACAGUGUAGUAUAAAAGCGAUAGUCGCAACUACUUCAUAAUAACUCCGACCGUACGCAAGUUCCCAACAAAAAGUUGCUCUCGUUAUCGUGACAUCGUUUAUCUCAACAAUUUCGCUCCUAACUAACAAUAUUUCUUUAGCUUUCAGAUAAUGAGAAACAUUUUAUCAAACGACAUAUUUUUUGCGCAACAUAGUUUAGAUUAUUUCUAGUGUUGCUAAUUCGUGCUGGAAAUUUUACUCUUUGAAAUUCAAGUAGUUAAUAUUAUAAUACAUAAGUACCUGAUUUAUUUUUUUAUAUUGAUAGUUUUGGCUCGUUGCUUUGUUAUCUACCGAGAUUCUUCUCACUUGAUGGUCUCAUCGGGAGAUCUACGCUGGAAUUCUCCAGCCAUCAACAUGUUGAGAUUAGGCCAUUAAAUUGCGUGGCACUUUUUUCUGAAAAAUAUUUCUUAUAAGCAUUUUGUUUCAUUUGUAUUUACGAAUAGAAAUAUCUCUAUUCUAUGUUUUUUAUAACACUUCGUUAUCAAACAAGAAAGUAAGAGGUUACCUACUGUAAGUUUCCUAUGGUUGCUUAUAAUGCUAGGAGCAUCACAAUUGCUAAUAUGUUCAUAUAUUUUACUUAACAAAAUUAAUCAAUUUUCAUUUUAUAUAUCUCAAAUUAGGACUUCAACUCAAUUAAUUAGUAAAAAAACAUUUGCCAAAACUAAAACAAGUGUUGUUAAACAAAAACUCAACUAAAUCCAAAAAUAACUCCAAUCAUUCUGCUCUAAAACUUUCCCCGUUAAUUCUCGCAAACAAGCGAAAAUGAAGCGCGCAUUCGUCUUAUUCCUAACUUUCUGUUUGGGCCACUGUUUCUUCGACAUACGAGAUAUAAUGUCGGGCACUAUGAACCGUCUCCCCGGGGACUUUGCGGCGGCCAUUAAGGACAUCGCGGAGGGUCUGCCCGCGAAAACGAUGACCGUUGUCCGGGGGAACUCGACGAAUUUAAGUGCCGAAGAUACGUACGAACUUUUCUGCUUGCUGAGCGCGCACUCGGUCCAAGUUAUUAACUUAGACAUCAAGACAAAGGAGAACAAAGAAAAGUAUUACGCUUUCGUGAAAGAAGCUCUGGACGUCUCUGAUGAAAGAACGAGUCUCAUACUCUGCGAGCCAUAUGAAUGCGAGGCAAUUCUAUCAGAGUUGACGGAAAACAAUCUGAUCCACCGCACGAUCCUGUACCUGUUCUACUGGUCGUACGGGCCCGUCAGCGAGCGUUUCCUGCUCACCCUCUCAGAAGCCAUGAGGGUAGCUGUCGUCACCAACCCCCGGCCUGGUGUAUUUCGUAUUUACUACAACCAGGCUACUCCCCACCAAAUUCACCAUCUUUCUUUAGUCAACUGGUGGUCAGGGACAUUGUACAAGUCACCAGUGCUGCCGCCGGCUGACAGGGUGUACCAUGACUUCAAGGGGAGAGUGUUCAGAGUACCCGUGUUGCACGCCCCGCCCUGGCACUUCGUGAAGUACAACAACGAUUCGACCGUCAACGUCACGGGGGGACGGGACGAAAAGCUACUUUCUCUGCUCGCCAAGAAACUAAACUUUCGGUACAAGUACUACGACCCGCCCGAAAGAAGCCAGGGAACAGGGAUUUCUGGGAACGGGACACUUAAAGGCACGCUCGGUCUGAUCUGGAAGAGGAAAGCGGAUUUCUUUCUAGGCGACGUCUCAAUGACAUGGGAAGGUCUGCAAGCCGUAGAAUUCUCAUUCCUGACCCUGGCAGACUCUGGGGCCUUCCUGACUCAUGCACCAGCCAAGCUCAGCGAGACCCUGGCCAUCAUCAGACCAUUCCAAUGGGAGGUAUGGCCUUUGGUGUGUGCAACGCUGCUGGUGACGGGACCAGCGUUGUGGGCGGUGAUCGCAGCGCCAUCUCUGUGGCGGGACGGCCGGAAGAACCAACUGGCGCUGUUUAGCAACUGCUGCUGGUUCACCACGUCUCUGUUCCUAAGACAAUCGUCAAGCAAAGAGCCUUCCAGCACCCACAAGGCUCGUCUCGUCGCAGUCCUGAUAUCCUUAGGAGCCACCUACGUCAUCGGCGACAUGUACUCAGCUAACCUGACGAGUCUGCUGGCCAGGCCUGCGCGGGAGGCGCCGAUAGGGACUCUGCAAGCUUUGGAAGAUGCGAUGAGAUACAAGGGAUACGAGCUGGUUGUCGAGCGGCAUAGCUCUUCUUUAGCUAUUUUACAGAAUGGUACGGGCGUAUACGGACGGCUCGCGCGGCUGAUGCGUCGGCAGCGCGUGCAACGCGUGCGCAGCGUUGAGGUCGGCGUGCGACUCGUACUGGCGCGCCGACGCGUCGCAGUGCUCGGUGGCCGAGAGACGCUUUACUACGAUACAGAGCGCUUCGGCUCCCACAAUUUCCACCUGAGUGAGAAACUUUACACGCGCUACUCGGCGAUCGCGCUGCAGAUAGGGUGCCCGUAUCUAGACACGUUCAACCAUGUCUUAAUGUCUCUAUUUGAAGCCGGUAUAAUAGCCAAGAUGACCAUGGACGAGUACAAGAACCUGCCGGAACACUCUCGAAGGUCCGACCCGGUCAGCGAGACUGAUCAGGACAGUUCGGAACUCAAGGACUCCACUGGUACUACGUCACAGGCGCAACAGGUCGAGUCGACGAAGGGCCUCACCCCCGUAUCGCUGAGCAUGCUUCAAGGUGCGUUCUGUUUGCUGGGGAUCGGCCAUUUACUGGCAGCUAUAGCCCUAACCGUCGAGAUCCAACUCCACCGUCGUUCUAAAAAGAAGGAGACCAUAGAACAUUCACCAAGAACGGUGAUCCGAGUGAGCGUUCUCAGUAAAGCUGUCAAGUACCUGAGAAGACUGUUCAGGCGGCUGGCUGCAGCCGCUCACCGGCAGCUCGACAGAGCCUUGGGACCUGCAGUUUAAAGGGUCUAGUAUAGUUCGUAGGUUUCUAAUAGAGCCCGACUGAGUGCCGGCGAGUCGGACACUACAGAACCAGUCUAAAAUGUGGCAUCGAGGCGUAAUAAAGGCGCGUUAUCGGAGAGAGCACCUACACUGGUUUUUUGAGCGUUGGACUAGCCCGCGCUCAGGUGCCAUAUAGAAUAAUUAUGACCCUUUUUUGCAGGUAAGUACCUAGCACGUGCAGUUCUACUUAACAAAAGACAAUAAGUUAGCCGCCGGGCUCUAUUACAAAGCUACGAACUAUACACAGUGGUCAAGAAUGGGCCAUACCUAACAAGUCAUCGCCAUUGUAUACAGGAGGCAGUGGUAUACAAUGGCGGACGACUGGCCAUCAGUUGCCUAUCAUGGUGCGCAAUCGGGAAGUUGACGUUUUUUAUGACAUUUCAAAGGAAUCGUAUGGGAAUCGUAGCGUAGCGUGCCCUGUGGUGUUUACACAGACGUCCAUUGCAGUGGCUUGGCAUGGCCCAUCGUUAGCCACUGUGUUGUUAACCUUAAAAGUCAAAUAUCUGACACCAUAUUUUGAGGGUCAGACCACUUUAGGGCCUGCUGUUUAAGACCAUAUAUAUAUAUUGUGUUAUACUAAGCAGAAAACGUCUAAUUUAAAAUAGAAAUAACCUGUAUGUUUAAAUAUAUUCACAGACUAGAUUACUAUAAUUAAAUUAAGCUAUACGUAUAUAUGUAAAACUGUUAGCUGCUUUUAUCUCGUUAGCAAUAAAGUCGACUUAUUAUACUAAUUACGGUCUUUAAAAUUGCUUUAGAUUGUAACUUUAAUAUUGUACCAACUGUAGCUAAAACUAUCUUAGUGUGAUGAAAGCAAUUGUGGGAUUUAAACUGUUGUGAGACAUACUAACAUUGAAUAAUUUUACGGUUUAAAUAGACUCACUUGUUUGCGAGUGACUAAAAACAAGUGAGUCUAAACCGUAAAAUUAUUCAAUAGUAAUUGUGCAUUCCUAUCGUAUACCGGGUGUGGCCUGUAGCACGAGCAAAUAAUUAAAACAUAGAUUGUACUCCUCAAACGAUGACACUUUUCUUCAACAACUUUUAAAAAUUAUGAAGUAUUUAGACUCCCAAUUUUUCAUACAAAAUAAAUAUUAUUUAUCUUCAAUGGACGCCAUCGCCACGCCAUAUCAUUGUGAUUAACGUUGCUUGUCACGCAUUUAAACAUAGCAAAAUUCGCAAUACAUUGCGUCUUAAAAUAAACUUUAAAGUGUAUUAAAAAUCAAAGCACAAGUUAUUUUUAAAAGUCGCUGAACAAAUGUUGGUCAGUAUGAGGAGUACAGUAUUCAGUUUAAUGUUUUGCUCAUAUUACAGGCCACACCCGGUAGAUAUUCUUUGAAAUCUAUUUUACUAAGUUAAGUCACAAACUAUUUAAUCGUCUUUUAUUAUGUUAGUACCGACAGCUGAGACUAGAUUAUUGUAUCAAGAAGUUAGUCCCGUGUCAACUGAAACAAGAUAAGAAAGUUAGAAAGUCGACGCUUGGUUUAUAACACAACUAAAAGUGAUCAGACCUUCGCGUCAUGGAAAAAGUUAUGUACGUGCUGGUAUUCAAUAUUUAUCACACUGCUUUUAAUAGUUUUAU